GCUAAUGACCAGAACGAGACAACUUCCUGUUCAGAUAGUCGGCCAUUAAGUUGUGUGAACUUUCUUUCUGGUAGAAGUACUACUAUUUUCUAAACCUUAGAAAGUUAUUACUGCAUUUAGCUGAUUUCAUAAGUAGGGGGUUGAGGAGCAGCUCUAUCAUAGGUACAGGUGGCGAAAUGGCUAUGAAACGUAUUUCAAAGGAAUUAAUGGACCUGCACAAAGAUCCACCUACUAAUUGCUCAGCAGGACCUGUAGGAGAGGACAUAUUUCAUUGGCAGGCAACUAUUAUUGGGCCAGAAGACAGUCCUUAUGCUGGUGGAUGCUUCAACCUUAACAUACACUUCCCUACAGAUUAUCCAUUCAAACCACCAAAAGUAGCAUUUUCAACAAAAAUCUACCACCCUAACAUCAAUAGCAAUGGUAGCAUAUGCUUGGACAUUUUGCGUGGUCAGUGGUCCCCAGCCCUCACUAUUUCAAAAGUCCUUUUAUCUAUCUGCUCGCUUUUAACGGAUCCCAAUCCAGAUGAUCCUCUAGUUCCAGAGAUUGCUCGUAUUUACAAGACAGAUAUUGCCAAAUACAAUGAAACUGCACGCGGCUGGACCCAACGCUUUGCCAUGUGAUGUUAGCCCCUUUUUACACUUAUCAUAACCUGAGUCUGUCUGUUUAGAAAUAAUUGUCUACAAAAUCUUUAUGUAAACUAAUAAAAAAAAAAGUGAGAUAUAAUUCAGUUAUUGCAUACAAUUUAUUAGUAAAAAGAAGGCGUAUAAUUAUGAACGAUUUAAAAAAAAAAAGAUCAUUUUUUUAGUUUUUUUGCAGUUGGUAGUUUUUGAUUUUCAACAGCAAUUUGACUUUUAGUUCUUUAAGUCAGAACACUUUGAUAAAUUUAUUUGUUUUUAUAAAGUGAGUUUACUUUUUGUCUAUUAUUAUUUUCUUUUUCAUGGGUAGGGUGGGGUUCAUAAACAAAGGCUUAAUGAAUGCCAUUAGUAUGAUGACUACCUGUGCCCUGUCCAACAGAAUUAAUUUCCAAAACAUUUGUCAGCUGUUUUUAAGCUGCCAUGUAAAUUUAUCUUUAAAAAAAAUUAUUAUUUUUUUUUUUUUUUUGCUUUUUGAACAUAAAAUGAAAUGACAAGAAAAACAUAUAACCAUUGAAACCUUUUGUAUCUGUCUUGUGUAUUUAGCUAUUUCAUAGCCAAAGUUUGACACCUUAUGCUUAGCUGAUAAAAAGUUGCAGCCUUUUUUUUUUUUUUUUUUUUUUUUUAAUACCAGUAUUGAAAGUUGCCAUAUUGAAAUAGUUUUCCUUAAUUGAGACAUGACAGGAAACCAAUUGAUUUAGAGAUGAUAUUAUAAACAGCAAUGAGCCGCCACUAACAGUAGAAGUGAAUGUAACCAGCUGUAAUGGCUUGGUUCUGAGUCGUUUUUUUUUUUUUUUUUUUGGUGAUUGUAUUCUUUGCUCUGGUUACUGGUGACUAGUGUGUGGCAUGUUUCUAUGUUUAGUUUCACACUUCACCAGUGCAGUAUCUAAUUGUUAUAGUCUUUGUUUUGGGGGAAUGGUCUGUGAAAACAAAAAUUAAAUUUUUUAGGGAUUUUAUAACUUAAAAUAUAUAUACAUAAAUGUCUCUAAUUUAUUUUAAAACUUUUGGAAGUAAUUUUUUUACUGAGCGUCAUCUUGCAGUCUUAUGUUAAUUUGAAUAAUGUUAUGUUUUUUAUUGUCUCUUGUGAUUUGAGGGUAUUGUCCUGGCAUUAUGUAUGCCUGUGUGUUUUGUUCAUUAUAACCACUAGUAGAAUAAUAUUCAAAUAAAAAACAAAAAAAAAAAAGAAUGUUCACACUCAGCAUGUUAUCAGUUUCUUUACUAUGAGUAGACCAAGUCGUGUGAUAAAAUUAGUUUUCUUUUUGUUGUUUUUUUUUUUUUUUCCACAAAUUGCUUCCCUAUAAAGUUUUGCUAGAAUUGUUUUUUCUUUUCAUUUUAACAUGGAAGUUCUUAAAAGAGUCAAGUUAUUUUUAAACUGGUUGAUAUAGUCAUAAGCAAAGUUGGCAACUUUUCAGCAAAUGUCUGCAGCAACUCAACGGUGAUGUAAAGAUAAUCUUAUUAACAGACAACAUUUUGUAUAAAAAAAAAACUAAAGCAUAUGAUUUAGAUUUUUUUUUUUUUAAAUGUCAACAGUUUCAUAUUUCAAUCCCUGAUGUUGUAUUUCUGGAAUGAGUGAGAGAUGUGUUUUGUGUUGAAAUUUUGACAUUGGAAUACUUGUGAGAAGAAUAAACUUGAAAAACUUGCAA